UUGACCUUGGACAAGAGGCUGACGUGCAAAAGAAGGCGGGAAGCAUGUCGGUCACUGAAGUGUCAGCAUCAGGGCAACACCUGGAUCUGGAUCUGCAGGAUUCAAACGGCAAGGACCGUCUGCAAAUCGGCACAUAUACAGGUGUUUCAGAGGCGGAGAAGCAACUAUCGUUUUUAGCUGACGUUGCUGUGGCGCCAUCCUGUGCUAAAUAUGGGUGCUGCAGCUGCCCAGACUUGAGCCAGGUUGAGAAAAGCAUCUGGCUGCAGCUCCAGUUCUUCUUGAGCAAAACAGAUUGCGUACUUGACUGCCUCAUCCAGGGGCAGAAGUGUGUAAGCAGGGACACUGUAGUUACUGCUGUGCAGAAUUUCCUGUACACCUGUCAGCCUUUCUUUAACCACCUGGAACACCUAACCAGAAGCAUCGUGUCCCAAAGCAACCCUCUGCCAGCUGAGAGUUGCACAAGGCUGUUGGACUUCUCUCAGCAGCUGUGUGACAAGUUGGAGCAGAUGCUGCUGAGGUGUUCCAGCUACAAUCUUCUCAGUUUGGAUGAGAAGGAGCCCCAAAGCGUGUCUCAGUUCUGCAUCGGCCAGAGUCAGCUCGGCCACCUGAGGCUGACCGUUUUCCGUUACUGUGUACCCACGCCGUACCUCUCCCAGGUCAACACGGGGCUGUACAAACGCAUGCGCUGGAAUGUGGAGAAACUCCACAACGAUGAAGAGAAAGAGGCAGAAACUGAUUACUACUUCCUGUGCUGUGAGGAUUUCAGGCCAAACAGAGGCGCUGAUGAUAGCUGCGGUCAUGAUGAUCUGAAGGGGAUCUGGUCCAUUGGUCGCUGGGUGCAGGUGGACCCGGAUCCCAACUCAGAUGAUAUAAAUGACUGGAUCUUGUGUGAGGUCCCUCUGGCCAACUACCACAGACUCUUGUUUCUGGGUGAGGACGAGCCGUCUAGCUGCAAGGCUACAGACUCCCUGAUGAAGCUGCUUUUGACUCUGGAGACAGAUUAGCAACGAGCAUCGUUUUGGUGCCUUAUACAAGACCUAAGAAACUGUUCAAGGUUUAAAGUACGUUGAAUGCAGCGUGUUGCCGAUUCAUCUGCAUCCAGCUGAUGCGAGACGUUUGAACAUCUAGUUUCAGUUUGGACGUCAGAGCAAGAAUUAAGUAUUUGUGUGUUUCCGUGUUGUUUGCGAUACGUGACCACUUCACUGGUUGGUCACAGCGACUGCAUUCAGGCAUGCUACUUUUACGUUCACCGCUUCAUUCAGACACUCCUGCAGCAGUGAUUGAGAGUUGUGUCCUGCCCCACCCAGACGGGCUGAGAGUGGACAUGCUUUAACGUUACUGCAAACAAUAGAGGCUGUUCUCUGCUCAUCUGAUUAACCCAUAUCGACAUCUAGAGUCUUGUACUACUGUGACUCGGCAUAAACAAAUCCUACUACAUUUACUGCAGUCAUAUUAGCAUCACAGCUGUUGAUGGCAAUUGACCAGGAGACCCCUUUAGACCUGAAGCUGAGCUGUUCAGAUGACAUCUGGAAACCAAUCCUUAACCUUAAAAAUAAAAGGACAGCGUCUUAAACACAUCUGUGGGAACUCUGGGAAAGCGGUGCAUGUCUGAAGGGGCUCUAUUAGUGCACGUCAUCAUAUUUUAAAGUAGACAAAGCCUGUUGCGCACGAACCCUAGAAUGUCCAGCUGUUAGAAGGUUCAGUGUCUUUUAGUUUGCAUCUGGACAUCAGAAGAGAAACUGUUCUACUUUUGUUAGCUGUAAAAACACAGAGGCGCCUGAAAACCUGAGGAGGUGAAGUUGUUCAAUACUGUGAAGUUUGCAUGUAUGGUUUUUAGGUUGUAAAAGAUUUCUGCAGAGUUCAUGUCUGAUGUUUUCAACAUUCCCACAGUUGUACAAUUUGUAAUCGCUCAUGUUGAGAAAAGGCAAAGUGUUAUUAAAAAAAAAACCCAUUUUAUUUACAUGAAACAUUGCAUUGUAAUAAUUACACACAUCACAGAUUUGCCUACAGAAAUGAACAAAGACAUUACACUUCAGAACAAGCUGCCACGGUCUGGGCCUUGAGAGAGACGGCCCGAUUCGGUUCAUUUCACCCGGUUCAUGAAGACAUUAAAGGAGCACACACACACAGGCUUCAUUUUCAAUAAAUUACAAAGCAAAUGAGAGACCGACGGACUCUGAGCCCAAGUAAAUAACGAAAUGUGUUCAGUUUGACCUUGUAACCAUUCAGCUCAUUAGUUCUGUUGGUUGAACAUGAAGAAAGGCAAUUUACUUAGAAUAAAAUCUACCAUUUACACUCAACAUCUUUCAUUCUCUAUUCAAUAAAAAUCUAAAUAUAACUCUUAAAACUGCUACUAUAACUCUAAAACUCUGAAGUACAAAAGUAAAGUGGAGUAUCCCUUCAUUACAGUGAUCAGUCUUUAAUGAUAUACCCGCAAAUACUUGAAAACACACCAAGGACAUAAAAAAUACUGAGCGCCACGUGUUCCCCGCCUGGAGCUGCAGGAAUGCAAACUUUAGAAUACGCUCGAACAUGUGGCGGACUCUCUGCUGGAGCCAAUCGUGGGAAAGGGCAAAGUACCGAACAUCGAGUCUCAGUCUGCGGUUUAAUAUUCGGGUCCCUGCUUUGAAUUCCAUUAUCAAACACAAUUCGGUCU